AUGGACAUGGGCAGAGAGCGCCUUACCCUGGGACUGCUGCUGCGUCUGAGCAUUCUGCUCACUGCUGUGUGUGUGUGCAUCCACGUUUACCUGGAGACAGGUUGGCAGGGCUUCCAGACACCGCCGGGACGUCCUCCUCAAUCUAAGCAGAAGUCAGGCCAACAGGGCAGAAGGGGGCAAGUGUCUGCAGAGUCAGAGGAGAGGGGCAUUAAAAGGAGAAUCUCUUAUGUUCACACGCUGAAGAAGGACAGAGCAUCCAGGAAGAGGGACAGAGAGGACCCCUCACCGGCUCUACGUCCACACAGAAAGACGCCUCGGUGGCACAUCGACCUGCAGCCCUGGGCCGGGGAGGGUCGCUCUCUGGAGGACGAGGCUAAAAGGUUCCUGAGCUUCAUCACAACCCCACAGGUGUUUUGUGCAUCGUCACCUGGUGAGGAAGAAGCUGUCCAGGAAGGAUCCACCGGUGACUGGGCUGUGUGCCUGGAUCCCAAGUACAGUCUGAUCCACCGCAUUCAGAGCAAACACUGCAGGGUGUACUCCUUUGGAUUGGGGGUGGACGACCGGUCCCUGGAGCGUUCCCUCGCCAGCUCAGGCUGUGAGGUCCACUGCUUCGAUCCCAGCCUGAAGCAGCCUCACCUGCAGCAGACUGAAAUGUGGCUCCACCGGCUCUCUGUAGACUGGAGGGACCCCAACCCGGCCAUCGUGGCCCAGCGUCAGCACGCCAACACCAAGAAGCUAGCCACCAUCCUCAAUGACUUUGGACACAGAGAGGUGGAUGUGCUGAAAGCAGAUAUGGAGAGCGCUGAGUGGAAGAUUUUGGAGAACUUGGUCCUUGAAGGAGUCCUGGAUUCAGUGGGUCAGCUGCUGUUGGAGAUCCACCUGCACUGGGCCGGCUUUGAGGUGGGCGGCGACGACCCGUCAGUGGUGCGGUACUGGUUCAGCCUGCUCAAGGAGCUCCAACACGCCAACUUCCAGCUCUUCCACGUGCACAGCGACCCAAACAAACCUCACCUCUUCCUGCAUAAGAAUGUCUUCAACGCCAGCAGUACUUACACCUUGAGCUGGGUGAACACUCAGUGGAAGCCCAGCAGAAAUCCAAAGUAACUGUUAUCUCCACUAUAACAGCCAGUAAAUGGACACAUGAAAGGUUGUGGAAUUUGAGCACAAACUGUUUCUGGAGCACGGCUGCCCUCUAAUCGACCGCUGUUAUAACAACAUCCAUCCAUUAUCUAUACACUGUUUAAUCCUCAUGUGGGUGCGGGGGGCUGGAGUCUAUCCCAGCUGACUUAGAGUGAAGGUAGAGGACACCUGGACAGGUAACAGUCUGUCACAGGGCUACAUAUACAGAAAAACAAUCACAUUCACACCUAUGGGCAAUUUAGAGUUAUCAAUCAACCUCAGCAUGUUUUGGACUGGGGAUGCACAGUGACCCAAUAGUUGCAGCUAGAAGAUCCCUGGUUUGUGUCUCAGCAUUGCUGGGAUCUUUCUGCAUGGAGUUUGCAUGUUUUCCCUGUGCAUGGAUGGGUUUUCUGUGAGUUCUCUGGCUUCCUUCUGCAGUCCAAAAACACGCUGACGUUAAUUGGUGAUUCUAAAUUGUCUGUAGGUGUGAAUGUGAGUGUGAUUGUUUGCCUCUGUAAGUAGCCCUGUGAUAGGCUGUUACCUGUCCAGGUGUUCUCUGCCUUCGCCCUAAAGGCUGCGUUACACUUUCUGCAUGAACACGACGUGCGGAAAUGAGAUGCUUGGAAAUCUGCUCAAGGAAAUGUGUCUUUAUACUCCGUGCAGUGUCUACUCCCAAACUGCAGGGGGCAGUGUAUUGCAAACACACUUGUUUCUAGUCUAGUACUAAACUAGAGUAGAAGAAUUUUGCCAUUGUUGACACACUUACAACAUGGCAUUUUAGCCAAUAGUUGCAUUUCAGGUUCACGCCAUGAGUUGUUCAUAACCCGAUCUCUGUGUGAUGAAUCCUAUAAACGUUUGUAUUUCUGAACUUCUGCUGCUCGGAGCUCCUUUUAUUCCACCAGUUUUCCACGUGUCUUCAUCCACGAAAAAUUUAGAGGUGCACGACACAGAAAUUAUAAAAGUAUAAAACAAGCUAAAGUCAGCUGGGACUGAUAACUCUAAUGAGGAUUAAGCAGAAUAUGUAUAGAAGUUUUUAGACUGUGGGAAGAACACCCAUUCAUGCACAGGGAGAACAUGCUAACUCCAUGCAGAAACAUUCCCAUAAGGCUGGGAUGCAAACCGGGGAUCUUCUAGCUGCAAGGUGAUAGUGCUAACCACCACACCACCACUGUUAUCUAGCGUGAGCUUUUUUCGAAGCUAAAAUCCCUGCUCCUACUUAUCCUGCUCGUCCUUUCCUGGGAUAAUGACCUCGGCCGUGUAGAGGGGCAGAGUAAUUGACUCCAGAGGCUCGGCGUUCUACCUCACAGUGGCGGUGUUACUGGCUGCAGGUCAGCCUCUUAAUCACAGUCACCAUCAUCGGGGCCCUGUCUGACCUGGAUUACAGCCACAUGGCCUCACCUUAUAGCCACAACUCACAAAACGGUCCACAAACAUGAGCGCACACUGUUUAAAGGGGAAGGUCUGGUCUCACUGACAGUAAGUGAAUAUUUGAAGGAGGCCAUCUGAGCUGCGUAGAGAGACAAAGAGAACGGAGGAGGACUGUGGGUAAUAAAGGCAAAGAGAUGGAAUCUGUUGUAGAAGAAGCGGAUGUUUCCCUGCAGCUGAACCCUGAUGACUAUCUGGAACACAAACCAUGACGAUAAUCUAAACAAUAGCCCUGUAAUGCCUCCAUACUUGUGCACAUGGCUGCCUGCUUUAAUGGGGAUGUGUGGGCGAGCAUGAGAGGAAAAGACAAGAAAAUAUGAACUCCAAUUAUUCUUCUUGCAUAUUGCAGUUCCUUCAGUUAUAAUAGAAAAAACAAUUUAGAUCCACACAAAGACCAAUGUUGUAUAAUUGACAGUUGCUUUUUCUUCAUUAUCUGUGCUGCACAGUCAGAACAUGAACAACAAACCCAAUCUGAAAGUGAAAUGCUGGCCUGAAAACCCCAAAGAAAACGCACAAGUUAUUCAAUUAAUGCCAUCAGUCAAACCUUUGUUGAUACAGUUUGAUAAAGACGAGGCAACGAACUGUCUGGGAUUUCUCUUCAUGCUUCUUUGUUGACUUAUGAAUGAAGAAAUAAACUUUUCCCAAGGAAA